UAAAGAAAACCCUUUGCGGUCAUGAAUGGAGCUUUGUAAUGUGAAACUUAGUGGAAUUAUCUGCACCCCAGAGCUCUGUGAAGGAGUUUUCAAAAUGGACGCUCAAUCUGUAAACAUGAUACAAACUAGGGCUGAUGGGGUACUGCCCCACUGGAACCAAUCAUCUGACUGCAGACUGAAUGGACAAGCUGGACCAUAUCUUAAAAGCGCGAAGGCAUUGGUGACAGGAGGUGGAGGCUACUUUGGAUACAACCUGGGGUGUGCUCUCACCAAAUUAGGAAUCACUGUUGUUCUUUUUGAUAUACAAAAGCCUAUAUGGGAAGUUCCUAAUGGAGCCAUGUAUUUCCAGGGUGAUGUGAGGGAUUGUAAAGCAGUAUUCAAGGCUUGUGGAGGGGUUGACUGUGUUUUUCAUGUGGCUUCGUAUGGAAUGUCAGGUCUGGAACACCUACAAAAGAAAGAAAAGUUUGAAUCCAUAAAUGUCAAUGGAACAAAAGUAGUCAUUGAUGUUUGCAAACAAAGAAAUAUCCCAAGGCUGAUAUAUACUAGUACGGUGAAUGUGGUGUUUGGAGGGAAUCCCAUUGAAGAAGGAGAUGAGGAAACUGUACCAUAUUUUCCACUAGAAAAGCAGGUUAAUCAUUAUUCUAGAACCAAAGCAAUGGCAGAGCAAAUGAUCCUUGCAGCUAAUGGAACUCCAUUAAAAGGAGGCAAUAAGCUCCAUACAUGUGUUCUUCGCCCACCAGGCAUCUAUGGACCAGAAGAGCAAAAACACCUGCCACGCGUAUUAAAGAAUAUCCAAAGAGGGCUAUUUAACUUCCAAUUUGGAAAUCCCAAAACUCAGAUGAACUGGGUUCAUGUAGGAAAUCUUGUACAAGCUCAUCUCUUAGCUGCUGAAGCUCUCACCCCUGAGAAGGGUUAUAUAGCGAGUGGUCAGGUGUAUUACAUACAUGACGGCGAGAAAGUCAUCUUUUCUGAAUGGAUAACUCCGUUAUUUGAAAAAUUAGGUUACAGUAAGCCGUGGAUACCUAUGCCAGCUUUCCUCGUUUAUAUAGCAGCCACAGUGAUGGAAUGCCUUCACCUGGCAUUGAAACCAGUUUUUAACUUUACACCUUUCCUGACCAGAAAUGAGGUGUGGAACAUCACUGUAACUCACACAUUCCGAAUAGACAAGGCAUGUAAUCAGCUAGGUUACCGCCCAAAAAAAUUUGCACUUGCUGAUUCUGUGGAUCAUUAUCUUCAAACUAGACCCAAGUGCCAGGACCAUCAUAAAUUCCUUAAAAUCUGGCUUGUCCUUGGCACCUGUUUAUUUUUGAUCUUCCUUGUUUUACUUUCUUAAGCAUACACCUUUACGUAGUUAUUUCAAGGAAAGCCACCAUUAAUUUGUUUAUUGAGUAUUAAUAAGCUAAUUUUAAUCAGUCACAGUGUAUUCCUCAGUCCACAUGAACGUAACUUAUUCAGCGAAUAAUGAUUUGCUCUGAUGUAUUUUAAGCUGUUUUUGCUAUUAAAUAAAAAAAAAUUGGUCUAUCAGUAAUUGUUCUUAAAGGUUGUAGCUACUACAUUUUAAAAGUAUAAUAAAGUCGCAAGGCCACAGGAGACCACCAUUGACAAAUGCAGGAACCAGAGCUGCUAUUUCUAUUUGCUUGAUCUCAAAAGAACUCCUUCUGAAAAUGGUUGCUCAAGUGCAGAAGAAACUGGAGGAGGAGUAGCUUCCUGGCUCUAUGAGCUGUGGUCCAAGCGUAGUGUCUGCAGUGCUUUAUAAACAAAAGCAAAUAGCUAUAAUAAGUAAAGUAUUGACCAGACAACCCUUCUGACAGACCAACAGCCACUGCAUAUUACUGUGAGGAAUACAGAGGAAACAGGAAAUAGAACAAAGACGAAAAAUUAAUUCAUAUACAUAAUGGGCAGUGAUUGCACAGAAAAAGUUACACAUACUGUAAUUUCUUCUGUGAAUUAGCUGUAUUCUGAAA